GCUUCCCGCGGGACGGCGCCGGGAUCGCUCCGCUCUCCCUCCCCGCGGCCGAAAUGAGUGGAGCGCCCAGCCCUACGUGACACGCUGAGGACGUUCUGCGCCGCCUCGGGAUCGGAGUUGGGGCUGUGAUGCCCAGGAAUCUCCUGUCGGACCUUUCCGAAAUGGCAUCCGAAGUGUCCCCAAAUCACGUGCUUGGGAGCGUGGAGAUGGGUGACGGUGCAGAGAAUCACAGCACCCAAGCGAGGUGCAAAAAUGCUGCCUCGGACGAUGAGAGGCUCAAAUACUUAACUCACGAAGAGAAGGAUGUUCUCAUGUUCUUCGAGGAAACCAUAGAUGCCUUAGAUGAUGCCUUGGAGGAGCCAGCCCUGCCGGACAGCGGCGUCCACUCCCAGUCCCCAAGGUCAACAGAGGAAAACGUCUCCAGCCAUUCGGAGACCGAAGACAUCAUUGACCUGGUGCAGUCCACCCCUGAUGGUAGCGACCASGAGGACCCUCCUGCCAGAGAUGCAGAACCAGUGCUGGAUUCUGCCUGGAGACCUGAUAGCCCCAAGGCAGCAGUGCCUGCCGACCUGCCCUCCAUGCCACCACCACGAGACAUGCUUCCUCCUCCUCCUCCUCCUCCGCUGCCCCCGGUGCAGCACCCGAGGCUGCUCCGCUCCGUGCCCACUCCGCUCGUGAUGGCCCAGAAGAUGUCGGAGCAGCAGGGGGAGAGCAGGGCGCGCGCCGCCAAGGAGGGCAAUCCGGAGCGGAGGAGAGCGCCGGUUCCCAACGGGGAGCAGGCGGCGCCUGCGAAACCCCCUGCGGCGCCGGCCCCCAAACUGCACCGCUUUCCCAGCAACAUCAACAUCACCAACGUGGGCGGCAGGGAGUUCAGCGAGACCAUCUCCAAGGCCGCGGUGAACGUGCAGGAGCGGAGGGCUCAGGUGCUGGCCAACAUCAACGGGGGGGCCCUCCUGGCGGCCGAGCUGGAGGAGAAGCUGCAGAGAAACGAUUUGCUGGGGCGCCACAGGAGUUCUUCCCUGCGGGACCUCUCCUCCGAGCAGGCGCGGUACGAGGCCCUGACAAAGCUCGGCCUAGUGAAGGGAAGGCCGGCCCAGGAGCACGGGGAUCGUGCGCCGGGAGCGCAGCAGCCCAGCGACGGGCAAGCCAAGCAGGCCGACGCUCUUCCCAACGGAUACCAGAACAUCCAUGAGAUUUUAAGAAACGAGCCCAGCCCUUUCCUUCCUCUGGGCAAAACUGUAGCCAUCAAACCAGAGGUGUCUCUUGCUGCCAACAAGGUCGCCCCGCAAAACACAGCGAAGGAUUUUCCUGACCAUAAACAGCCUCCCGUGGGGCUGGAUAUGCGGAGGCGGUCGGGUUCGCUGCCUCGGCCCUCGGGSUUCCGACCCCAGGGGGUCACAGUGAGGUUUUCUGGCCGGGGCUCCACAGAGGAAGCCAGAAGGGAGGCGCUUCGGAAGCUGGGACUGCUCAAGGAGACGGCGUAAUCCCCACGGGAAUCCUGCAGCAGCGGGGGGCAAGUCGGAGCGUGGGUUGUGCUAGUCCUGUCCCAGCAGGAUGGGGAGUGAAGGGACUGCAAGGAAGAAGGGGGAGUCCUCUGUGCGCCCCUGCCUGAGGCAGCCGAGGACACUGUGACCCUGCGACGUGCCGGCUGGUGUGGAACCCACCGCAAACCCUGCACGUGGGUCGUGGGCCGCGCUGGGGUCCGGCCCUCCUGCUGCCGCCGCGCUCGCCUCGUGUUCCUUGUGGCUGUGAAGAAUUUUAUUUAAGUAAUGCUGGACCGGAGCGGAGGGCAUCCUGUUGAUGAAGGUACAGUGCAGUAUUGGUGUACAUAGCAGAUGGGAUGGAGAAUCUGCCUUUUGCUCUGCUUCUCUCGAGCCAAAAACGAGAGCUCUGUCCGUCUUGCACCCACGGGGGUGUCUGUUCAUGGGAGCUCGAGACGCAUCCAAACCCCGAACUUGGACCAGGGUGACCAAUUCCUGUGCCCGUUUGCCUCGUCUGUAUUACCCGGCUCUGCUUCCUUCCCUGCUGCGGUGGGAUCCUCCCUUUCCUUGCUCCGGGCAGCCUCCACGGAGGCAGCCUCCCUUCCGCCCUUCUCCUGGACAGCGCGGCCCGGGUUUGGAGCUGGCGCCGGCCUCGCUCCGUCCCGGCCUCCUGCAACAGCUCUGUUAUUUCUAAUAACUGUCUCGGCAUCUUCCCCCCRGCCCUCCUGCAGAGACGGCCUGAUUUGAUUCUGCCCUGCCAAUACAGACAGAAUUAGCCAAAACCCUCUYGGGCCAAGCGGCGUCACCGAGCACGUGGCCAGGAGCCGAGAGCUCCCGAGCGGCGCAGGUUGGCACGUCCUGCCUUUGAUCACUGCAUGUGCUUUGGAAGACGGUCUCCUUCCCACCCCAGAAAACUUAUUGCCUUGUUGAUAGGUAUAAUUGUUUUUUUUUGUACAUGGCAAAGCUGUUCUUCCCAAAGAAAACCCUCUUCCCGUAUUUUUCACCCCCAAACCUCACAAAUAGCCAUUUUAAAGACAAAAUGCCAAAAUCACCACCCCCUCCAUCCCUCCUUACGCGUUGGAGAGCACUCGCACCUUUUCCUAAAGGAAAAAGAAAACCCCCUCACUCACCCUCCGCACUUCCCAAGGCCUCCAGCAGCCCCUUCCUCAGUUUUUUCCCUUGCUCCAUAAGUAACAAGCGCUGGAAAAGCAGCGGGGAGCGUCCGUGCAGAAUCCAGCCCGCCCCUCACACAGGGGCCUGACGUGGCCGCGACCAACAGCGUCGCGCUGCCCGCGCGUCCCGGCCGGCUGUGCCUGGCAGCCGAGGGAGGGAAAACCUGUCCCCGAUUGCCAGCCUGCCUCAAAACGUUCAAGUGUUUCAGAUAUAUAUAUAUAUGGUUUCUAAUUGUCUGCUUGCUGCUUAUGUUUUUAAUUGGGGUGUUAGGGCAUCCACCUGGGUUUUUUUUUGUGGGGAAAGCACUCAUGUUCCCCCUGUGCAGCAGAGCUGGUAGUUAAAAACGUGCCCAKGUGUGGGCUGGCCAAGCACUUGUGCCGUAAGCCCCUCGGGAACAUCCAUGUAGCCGCUCCACAGCUGGCACACGGAGGUGCAAGGUGCCGAGCUAGCCGGGUGGGGGUCCCCAUCCACCCCAGCAGGAAGGGAGCGUUUGGGCGUCUUGGGAUACGUGGAUUCCUGCGGGAGGAGCCACAGGAGGAUGUCGCUGCUGCCCUUCCCGUAGCAGCCACCCCUGGCAAAACCCUCACUGUGCCUGAAGCUGUAGUAAGUAAAGCCAUUCACUAUAUGAAGUUCAGAGUAUAGCUGCUAAUAACCUA